AAAGACGGAAGUCAGAGAAAUUCGCGUCCGUUUUUUUCCCCUGAGAAGAAGCGCCGCUGUGAGGAAACGUGUCACGUGAUUGAAGGGAUAUGGAGGUACAUUUUUAAUGGGCUGAGCUGGAUUUAAGUACAUUAAAUCGGACUGUCAGUGUUGCGUUGUGCCCCGCAGUCAGAGGUGUUUGUCUUGUCAUGACAGCCAUGGCGAGAUUAGAAGCUACAUCUGAGCUCCAGUCUCGGCUGUCAUCCUUGUCAUUUUCAUCCUUCCCCGGAAUAACCUCCAAGCAGUGCGACAGCGGACCGCCGGGGAGGCUGCAUAGUACAAAUCUGUCGGAGAGCUUCACCCAAUCCAGCAAUCAGGCCAACAUGAAUGAAACCAAGGAGGGUACAGCGCACCUUUCUAAGGGUAAUGAAGAGGCUCCUACUGAGCUGGCCCUGGGGGAAGGAGGCGAGAACAACAGCAGUGCUGGGAGCUGUCAGCCCUCUGCUGAAAUUAAAGAGGCUACCCAGAUGCCACCCUUGCCGCCCCCAACAACUUGGACAUCUGCUGCAGUGAAGGAGCUGAAGGCAAAGCUCCGAACUGAGAAGGACAGUGUUGUGACAGUGUACCGAGGAGACAUCAUGACGGUCCACGUCCCCACCGUCCCCGAGGCCAAGAGAGUGUGCUGGGAGUUUGCCACAGAUGGCUAUGACAUUGGCUUCGGCAUAUAUUUUGACUGCACCCCUGUGACGAGCAGGUCUAUCACGGUGCACAUCAGCGAGUCGAGCGAUGAUGAAGACGAAGAGGAAGAGCUGGAAGGGCCUCUCAGCAAUGAAGACGUCGAGAAAGGCUCCAAAAGCAACACCAACUCAAAUCUGGCUGAAAUCCUGCCCGUGUACCGUCAGGACAGCCACUUGUCCGUCCAGGGUGGGAGCCACGACUUCCCAGGUGAAGGCACUUACCUCCUAAAGUUCGACAACUCCUACUCCCUCUGGAGGAACAAAACUCUCUACUACAGGGUGUAUUACAGUGCCUGAGACGCCAGUUUUGUUGCUUAUGAAUGUAGAAUUUACAGAAGAAUAUUUCUCCUGAGAGCAAAGAACUAUUUUUUUGAUUUGAGACAUGGAAAAAGAUAUUAAAUAAUUUAAGAAAGAAAUGCAGGCACAUCUAUUUUAUAUUUGCUCUUCAGGUUAAAUGAGUUUCAGCGCAUCAUCUGUGUCAGUGUCCUGUUGGAAUAUAAUCAGAGAAGCCUUGUCAUGUGCCAUAUUCCCAUGUGCACUGUGUUGUUUGGUCAGGAACCCAUCAUAAAGGUAUAUUGUCUUUACCUGUUACAUUGUGCGAACCUGCACAGAGUGUGUUACUCUACUCCACAUCCUUAAUCAACCGUGCUCUAAAGAAAUUAUUAUUUUUCAUGUGUGGGUCCAUAUGUGUUCACCUUUUUGCUCUGUUGCACCGUCGUUUGUUGUGAUAAUCAUUCAGCUUUGUGUGUAAAUUAUAUUUUUUUUACUGUUGAAUCUAAUCAUGUGACAAUCCAGGAUAUAAUAUACAUUCUCUCUACUGGUUCAGUGGGUGCUGAAGGAGGAUUUUAGUUGAACGUACUAAAUUGACAGUUUUUAUGGUGCAUAUAAAAGCCCUCAUCAAAUAACGCUCUAGAUUCAAUAUUUACCCUUGCUUUGCCAACGUUUUAAUUAGCUGUUUUAAUAGAGGCCAGUUGCAGUGUUUCACCCCAAUGUGUUUACUAAGUGAAGAUCAUUGUGCUUAUUUUUGAUGUUCUCUGUGUGUUGGACCAUCAUUUUCUUGUAAAUUUUACACUUUAUCACUUUCACUCAUACGCAUAUUUCCAAAGAUGUCACCGAUUUGGCUGCUAAUGUCGUAUGCAAUGUAAAGCAACUGUUUUAAAGUAGUUUGCUGUCCCACACCUUCACUUCAAAGUAUACUGUUUGUUUCUGAAAUUUAUAUUCCACAUUAAAGAGAAGAUUGUCUA